CGAAUCGGGUCCAUCUUGAUUUGAAAAUUUUCCAAACAUCAAAGAAAGUCAUCAAUUGUUCAAAAAUUUUAACUUUUUUUGUUAUAAAUGGAUAGAAUUCUUCGUCUAGGUGCCGGUGGUUUGCCUGGCGUUGGACAGGUAAUAUUAAAGAGUUUUUAAUUGUGUUUUUUUUCUAGACAGAGCGUGUCACUAAUAAUCAUUGCUGUCACAUGUUGUAUUUAAUACUUUUAAUACUUGUAUACAAUUUUGAAAAGGACAUCAAGAAUUUAAAAGCCUUUUCAAGCAAAAAGAUAAAAUAUGAUAACGAACUUCAAUAGAACAAGGUCAUGUCACAGGCUUAUUUCAAUAGUCUAAUCCUUGGCUAGUGACUUUCCCAAACUUGUGAAGUCACCAUUUAAAUUUUUUAUUUUUACCAUACACUCAGUCACCUAUUAACCCUCUAAGGCUCUGGUCACCAGGGUACGAUAAUUUGCGUACUUACGUCCGGAGGUACACCAAUAUUACUGUCUGGUACUUCUUUGUUUUCAGCCACGUACCACGUAGGUACGCGGAACUCUUGCUAUCUGCGUACUUAUUUUUUGCUGGUACCACAUGACCUUUCCAAGUCCAAGGUAUUCAAUACCGUAAUUUAGUUGGUAUAUCAUGUGUCUGAGAUGUCUUGGCAUGAAACAUGAUUACACUGAUGGCACUAAGAAACGUUGGAGUCGGUUGUUUGAAAUAGCAAAACUCUGUUUUUAAAUAGCAAAACACCCUUUUCAAAUAGCAAAACACCCUUUUCAAAUAGCAAAACACCCUUUUCAAAUAGCAAAACAACCUUUUCAAAUAGCAAAACACCCUUUUUAAAUAGCAAAACACCCUUUUCAAAUAGAAAAACACCCUUUUCAAAUAGCAAAACUCCUUUUUCAAAUAACAAAACUCCCUUUUCAAAUAGCAAAACUCCUUUUUCAAAUAGCAAAACUCCCUUUUCAAAUAGCAAAACUCUGUUUGCUACCUCGUAGUCUGAACAUACUUUUCAGAAACCUGUACUUUAUGAACCUUAUUUAAAGACUAAGUACACAUUGAGUACCGAGUUUGUUCUAGCGCAAGUACGCGGCAACAACCAUUGGCGUACCAGUCAGGUACGACUAGAAAUCUUGAACGAUUGCACCCUAUGUUCACAUGGUGUGAAAUGAAUCAAUACUUUUUUUUUGACAACUUGACGAUAAAAAAUUAGUCUAUAUAAAUGGGAAUUGUCUAUUGAUGAUUAAAGUUGUGUUUUUUUCAUGGUUUAAGAGCCCCCCAAGCGAUGCACCAAUAGUCGACACUGCGGAACAGGUUUAUAUAUCAUCUCUAGCCUUGCUAAAGGUAAGAUUAAACCAUUUCACACACAAAAUAUCUUUAGUUUGUUAAUUUUAUAACCAUGGUUCUGGCUUUUACUUACAUUAUUUCAUUUUUUUAUGUGUUCCAUGGCAGAUGCUAAAACAUGGUAAGAUUUUGGUCUGGGCAAAUAACAUUUUCUUCUAUCAAGACUAAUAUUAUUCCUUGGUAAUAUCUGACAACUUGUCAUUGGUUUAGGACGUGCUGGUGUACCCAUGGAGGUCAUGGGCUUGAUGCUGGGAGAAUUUGUUGACGACUAUACUGUCCGUGUUAUCGAUGUUUUUGCUAUGCCACAGAGUGGUACGGUAAGUAAAAGAUAGUUAGACUAAACUAAGUUGAUAGCUCUAUCAGUUCUUAAAGUGCGACUAACUACAAAUAUGAUUUUGGUAUGUGUAAUAUUUGGGUCAUUCGAAGAAGAAUUGUAACAUAUCUUUAUAAUAAAAAAUACUAUCUUGAUCAACAUUUUCACUGUCAAAGUUUGCGGAUAUGAUGUCAUUAGGUGAAUUGCAAAUUAGUUUUCCUUUGUUUUUUGUACCAAAAAUUCACCUAAUGACAUCAUAUCUGGAACUUUGACAAUGAAAAAGUUGAUCAAGAUGAGGUUUUUUACCAUAGAGAUAUAUAUAACAUUUCUUUUUAGAAUGACCCAAAUAUUAGACAUACCAAAAAUCAUAUUUGGGCUUAGUCCCACUUUAAUUGUUCUCCCUCAAAGUUCAGAAAGUGUCAUUCUCCACUGAUCCAGUUUUACUAUAGCAGGAAAAGCACUCACAUGUAAAAUUUGUGCAAAUCACAUAAAAUUUUCUGUUGUCAUAUUAUACAUAAAAUUUUGUUAAAAAUUUUGUUUUUGUUGUUAUAUUAUACAUAAAAUUCUGUUGUCGUAUAUAUACAUAAAAUUUUCUGUUGUCAUAUUUAGGGUGUGAGUGUCGAGGCAGUCGACCCAGUAUUUCAAGCGAAGAUGUUGGACAUGUUGCGACAAACAGGACGGCCAGAGAUGGUAGUUGGUUGGUAUCAUUCUCAUCCAGGUUUUGGCUGCUGGCUUUCUGGUGUUGAUAUAAAUACCCAACAGGUGUGGCUUCAUGAUUUUCUGAUUUUCAUUAGGGUGCUAUAUUGCUUCUUCAUAAUUAGUCCAACCUGUAAUUUUUGUCACCAGAGUUUUGAAGCGUUAUCCGAAAGGGCAGUUGCUGUCGUGGUCGAUCCAAUACAAAGUGUGAAAGGAAAGGUAAAAAUAUACAUAACUCAUGUACAUUGUGAUUGUCUCCAAGCAACCUCAUGUUUGUUGGAAGCGGAUCUCGUCUCAUUUGUUAGAGGGGGGUGGAGAUUUUCUAGAGGUGGUGCAUUACUAUGGGGAUCGGGGGCCAUUCUCCCCUCCAAAAAAGAGAAAAGUGCUACAUUAUAUGGUGACCUGCCGUAUUGGUGCUUGAACAUUUCCUUGCGUAAUCAAAAAUCAAUCAUGUCAAUAUAAUAAGUAGUAUUCACAACUCGAUUAUGGAAUACCAGAGUUUUAUUCUAGGGGAUGCUGGGGGGUUGCGCAUCCCUCUACACCCCACUGGUAGAUCCACCCCUGGGGCCGGUUGUAUAAAAAAGUGAUUAAAGUUAACUAUGAUUAAGUGUAAAUGUCAUCCAAUAAAAAGCGCCUAUUUGAGAGUUAAUCACUAUUUAACUACGAAAUAGUGAUUAAAAAAGUGAUUAAGAGUUUUAUACAACCGGCCCCGGAUGUUCAUUGCAACUUUAUUUUGUCAAUUGUGAGUAACCACAACAACAAUUUUCCAGGUUGUGAUUGAUGCAUUUCGACUGAUCAAUCCUAACAUGAUGGUGCUAGGUCAGGAACCAAGACAGACAACAUCAAAUUUAGGGCACUUACAAAAACCUUCAAUACAGGUGAAACUGCCAAAUACAUUUUUGUUACACAUUUCUUGAAUUCUGUUUUCGAAACAGUAAGUUGUCAUAACAUAUAUAUUAUACUGCUGUUGAAAAACCAAAGAGAAUCAAUUCCAUAUAUUCCAUUGUAGGCUCUAAUACAUGGGCUCAACAGACAUUAUUAUUCAAUUUCUAUUAACUAUCGUAAGAACGAAUUGGAACAAAAGGUUUGAAAUGACUUUAUUCAAUACAAGUGGCAUUGUUCCCUUAUACACACUGUCACACUACUCUAUUAUUUUAUUUUGUCUAAUGCCAGAUGAUUUUACUCAUCAAUGGAAGAGUGUUGCUACUUUAUGGGUUAAAGAAAAAUUCUGUAUUCUGUACUCUUCCAAAUCUGUCAUAAGUUCUUAUACAAAGUAAUUGUUUGUUUAGAUGUUACUAAAUCUUCAUAAAAAAUCCUGGAUGGAUGGUUUGGCUUUACAAGAUUUCGAUACACAUUGUUCAACGAAUGAAACCACGGUCAAGGUACGUGGAAGAAAUAUCAGCCGGGUCUAUAUGUAAUGGUCCCCACCGAGUAAUUUUAGGAGAUACAAAAUAAAUUAACACUGUUAUUCGGAAAACGAUUAUUUUUAUUCAACGUUUGAAUCUCGUUACUUUCGAAAUGUUGGUUGUUUUCCGAGUGGCCUUUGUUUUUUUGUUGUAGAUCUUCUGAUCUACAUUGAUUGGAAUGUUCAAAUUUGACUUUCACUUCAACUACCUCUCACUGGUUUAGUAUGCAUCUGAUUGGUUAAUUGGGUAUAUCAAACGCAUCUGAUUGGUUAAUUGGGUAUAUCAAACGCAUCUGAUUGGUUAAUGGCCCUUUACUGGUAAUGGUAUAGUGGGAGUCAAAUGUGAACCUUCCUGUUGUCAGGGUAACCGUACAAAACUUGAAAGUCCUUGAAUGUUCUUGAAUUUGAAAACAAAAAUUCAAGGUUUUAAAUGUCCUUGAAUUUGUAAAGAAGUACUUGAAAGUUCUUAAAUUUUUCUUGCUUUAGUUAUUGGAUAUUUUCUGAAAUUGUUUGACAUUCAAAACAUUUUGUUGAAUUGAUUUUGCAUGUUCAUAUUUGGCAAAGCUGUUUCAAAUUCAUUAAAGCUGUUCCCUUUUUGAACAAUUCAACGUCACAUUUUACUGAUUUCUAACGUCUUUUCUUCAGUAUUUAGUCCUUGAAUUUGCUGAUACAUGGCGUUGAAUGUCCUUGAAAAGUCCUUGAAUUUGACUCUUCCUGACAUGUACGAACCCUGUGUUGUAAUAUGAUGAUAUAAAUUUUAUAUGUAUGAUAUCAAUUUUUUGUCAAUUUAUUUAGGAUAUGCUCCAGCUUGCCAAGAACUAUAAUAAGGUAGAGAAUGAUUUGAAACCACACUGCAGUGUUAAUUCUUUUUUUAUUCUGCAUACUAUAUUUUGCUAAAACAUGUUACAAACAUUUCCAGGCGUUAGAAGAUGAGGAUAAAAUGACUCCGGAACAGCUCGCUAUAAAAAACGUUGGAAAACAGGUGACAUUACAAUGGAUUAUAAUGUUUGCUUUUAAUAAAUUUUGUGAUAUUUUUAAUUAACAUUUUCCUGUUCGAGUCUUAUACCAUGCAUUUGCUGUGAAAAUUUCAAUGUCUGUUCCAUUUUUGUAGGAUCCAAAACGACACUUGGAAGAGUCCGUAGAUUCGCUGAUGACGUCGAAUAUAGUGCAAUGUCUGGGCGCCAUGUUAGACUCAGUAACCUUUUGAGAUGUAAUCUUAUGAAUUGUAAACUUAUAAUAUUUAGUAAAUUUUGUUUCUCUGUGAACACCUCGAGCUCUUCUGAUAUUGUUAUGUUACUGUACUGGGACCAGUCAAAGCUGAGUUAGCACUAAACCUUUGCCGACAAGAUAUUUUUUUCAAUCAAGGGGGGGGGGGCACCCCCUCUCCACCAAAGCGACGGCUCUGACUGCAAUACGUACAAUUAUGAUUCCUUCACCUCGGGAUUCUUUUAUUUGAAUAUGUUAUUCAGUUAAUACUACAUUACACUUGUUUUCAUAGUCUAUUAGUCUAAUUUUAUACACAGCUACAACAACACACUAGGUCAUUUACAAUAGGAAGGUUUGACUAAGCACUAUCGUGCAGCCGAUGGUGGUCAACCUGUAUAGUUAUCAGAGUGAGAAAAUACUGUUCAUUCCUUUCAUUAUAUGUCGUAGUCUUGUAUUUGGUGGUAAAUAAAUAGGAUCAUAGUUAAGAGAGAUGGAGUUUAAUUUUCCUGUUCCUAUAAAUGUCAAGAUUUCUGAAGUUGACUACAAUCUAUUGCCCUGUAAAGGCCAAUUUCCACUCAGGAAAAUUUUCCACAGAAACUGUCGGAAAGAAAAGUUUGUAAAAUGUGAUUGGUCAACACAAAUUUCCCGUCGUGAAAAAUUUUGAAGUUGAAAAUUUUCAACUUUUAAUGAUAUUUUCGGAAAAUUCUCUCCGUGGAAAUUUUUCUUGAGUGAAAAUGGGCCUUAACGCUUGCUGAAACUUCAUCACUCUACUUCCAGUUGUUUACUUAAUGAGUUCACGGCACGCGUGGCGCCUUUCGAUGUCCCGAAGUACGUCUUGAUUGCCUUGCUCACGUGAUGACGAGAAUACGGCGGUAGCUCCUUCAACUCGUUUAAAUUCAUUCGUUCCCAGUCCUUUAGCGUUCUGUCGUAAUCCAUCUGAACUUUCUUCCUAUUCAAAUUUUCGAUUUUUCGGUCCAUUUCAAUUCU